CAGUCCUCUCAGCCUCCUCAACCAUAUGCCACUUCCAGGCACAACCCUCUACUAUAUACACCAGCACUGCCACUCUUCUAUCACAAGAAAAUUUAUUGUUGGUAGUGCGUAGGACUGUGCAAUGUUUAGUGCCACACAGGGACACGCUAUAAGUUGUGUGAAGAAUAUUUAAGAUAAUUUCUGCAUGGAGAAGAGAACUACAUAGGAUUUUCUCAGUACCUGAUCACUCAAGAGGCAGAACCAGAUGGCGAGGCUGACAGUGGCAUUAACAGUUAUGGUUUUCACCCUCCAUGUUUUUGCAGACGACCCCAUCACCAGCAAGACUGAGGAACUACGCCAUAAGUUACUGACAGACUACGACAAGCACGCACUGCCUCAGCGUACCAGCAACGGCACUACCACUGUUUACGUUGAGAUGAUUCCCAUGGGCAUGUGGAUCGAGGAGGACAAGCAGAUAUUUAACAUGAAUGCGUGGGUCAGAAUGAAAUGGCAGGACCCACGCCUCUCCUGGGACUACAAGGAUUAUGGAGGACUCAAGUUGCUCCACUUUGCUGAGGAGGAGAUCUGGCUCCCAGAAAUUCACCUCUACAACAAUGCUGACAUCACUGAGGUUAACCACUAUGGCAGUGUUAAAGCCAUAGUAUUGAGUGAUGGGACAGUCAACUGGGUGCCCCCUGGUGCCUACAGGGUAGAGUGCCCUCUAGACUCCACUCACUGGCCAUAUGACACCCAAACUUGUGAAUUCUACAUUGGUGCCUGGACCUAUCAUGGGUGGCAAGUUGACUUGCAGUUGUGGAGUAAUACCUCAAAAGUGCACCCUGGGUGGUUCAUGAAGUUCUCUCAUUCAUGGCAGUUCAUUAAAGGCAGCAUCAUUAGGAUCCAGAACAAACUUGCCUGCUGCCCUGAGCCCUAUGUCAUGCUCAAGGUUAUCAUUACUAUGGCCAGAAUCUCUCCUGUUUUCAACUCUACUGUUGUCAUUCCAGCUUGUGUUAUCUCCAUGCUGACACUGGUGCAGUUCCUGCUUCCCUUGAGGGAGUCUCGUCGGCUGACAAUAGGUUGUGUCAGCCUCCUCCUGACACUGUUGAUGCUGCUUUACUUGGCCACUGCCCUCCCACCCCUUGCAUACUCCCUUCCCAUCAUUGUGAAGUUCUUCGGGCAAACACUGAUGGUGGUGGUGGUGAGCGUGAUUGUGAAUGCGAGCAUAAUGCGUCUGACGGAUGCUCGUGUGCCUGCUGCAGUCUCAGUGCCACCCCCACCUCUGCUAAAGACCAUUCUCACAGGACCUCUGGCCACUAUCCUCUGCAUCCAACGUUAUGCUGAGAAGGUUGGCCUGAGUGGAGGAAGUGCUGAGGACGGUGAAGUUUUGAAGGAGACAUGUUCUACCUCCUACCUCCACGAGUGGCUCCUGGUGGCUGCUGCUGUCGACCGCAUCGCUGCCCUCAUCUUCAUCAUCACCUUCAUCAUAACCCUCAUCAUUUAUGUCACUCCUGUAUGAUGUUAUAGACAAGCUCCACAUGCUGAAUCCUGACAAGUCACUAUUAUUAACAUGGGAACUGAACAGCUCCUUCCCAAGGAUAAAGACCAAGAUGUGUAGUUUUAGUAUCUGCUGUAUAAUUUCGUUAAUAUUUAUUUCUACUGUAGUUAGUUUUCAUGCCUCUUGAAUGCAUGAGGGUCAUUAAUAAUAAUAAUUAUAAUAUAAUCAAAUUAAGCACUAAAACUAAGAGGAAUGAGGGUCAUUAUGGCUGCAUUUCAUCUGUACCCAAUCAGUCAACAUUUCAGUCCCUAAAACUGAUUACAAUAAACUAUCAAUGUAGUUUGGAGAAGGUCCAGUAGUUAUAUGCUGAGUACCUUAUUACAUUAAAAUUUCAGAAUAUACUGUAAAUGUUUAUUACAUUUUUUCAUUUUACUCUGGUUUUCAUUUGUUUAAUAACAGUAUGAUUUUAUUGACGAUUCAUUUUUAUAUAAUGCUGUAAAUAUAUUUGGAGUUAUCUUAAAUUUAUAAAAUAAUAAUAAUAAUAAUAAUAGUAAUAAUAAUAAUAGUAAUAAUAAUGCCUCGGUGGGAUACGGCCGGUUUGUUGAAAGAAAAGUAAUAAUAAUAAUAAUAAUAAUAAUAGUAAUAAUAAUAGUAGUAAUAAUAAUAAUAAUAAUAAUAAUAAACUUAUACAUGGAGCAAGGGGCUAGUAACCUCUUCUCCUGUAUAUAUUACUAAAUGUAAAAGGAGAAACUUUCGUUUUUCCUUUUGGGCCAUCCCGCCUUGGUGGGAUACGGCCGGUGUGUUGAAAGAAGAAACUUAUACAUACAAUUAGUUUUAGUUAACACUAGUAAAAUAAAAAAUAACUAUAUACAUGUGGUAGUGAGAAAAAACAUGUGUUAAUCAUAUGGAAGGAGAACAUUUUUUUGUUGUGCAUACAGAUACGUAUAUGUGUUAGGAAAACUUGUACAGUAAUACACAGAACCAGUGUCCCUAGCUUAUUUGCGAUGGAUUAUUAUUAUGUUUAUGUGGAAGCUCUAAACUCGAGAGGGGUCAUACAGCACUCUAGAAAUGGGAAGGAAUCAAGUUUGAUCUAAGAAGAGGGAGGGUAGCUCCAAUUUCUUAAAUCACCAGCCUCAGUGUGCCCCCUUUGGAGGGUGGAAGCAAAGAAAUGCACUAGGUACAUUUCUUUGCACCUAGUGCAACAAUCGAUGAAAUGCCAUACACUAUUGUGCCCAUGAACAUUCUUAGUGAUGGCUAAUUUAGCCAAGUCUGUUACUUCCUUUUAUUUUGAUAGUUGAAUUAUUGCUUCUUGUAUAUUUAUUCUACUUUCUACCUAUGGGCUAUAGUAACUUUAACCAAAACCUACAAUGUUAUAUAAUUUGUUAGUUGGUACUGACAACAAACGUACACAGUGCUACCAUACUUAGGCAGGAGCUAAGAUUUGAUCCCUCCAACCACAUUCAUAAAACACAUGGAUGGAAAAAAUAGAAGAAACAUUGUCUGGUGCCCAAAGUCUAAUCUAGAUAAGAAUAAAACUGACUGAAGAA